GAUCAUUACUUUGUCUGAACUUUUUGAUUUCACAUGGAGCAAGUGAAGGUGCUCACCUCAACGACCAGUCCAUUCGCCGCGCGGGUCUUAAUUGCCUUGGAAGAGAAAGGCGUGAAAUAUGAAUGUCAAGAAGAGGAUCUGCCCUUCAAUAAGAGCGACCUCCUACUGGAAAUGAAUCCUGUGUACAAGAAAGUACCUGUCCUCAUCCACAAUGGCAAGCCCAUAUGCGAGUCUCUUAUUAUUCUUGAGUACAUUUACGACACCUGGGGCUCCGAGAAGUUUUUGCCAUAUGACCGUGCCCUUGCCCGAUUCUGGGCCGACUUCGCUGAUAAGAAGUUACUUGAGUCGUCGUUUCGCAUAGUGAUAUCCAAAGAUGAGGCUCAGGAGCAGGCCAAGCGUGACAUGCUGGAGAACCUCCAAUUUUUAGAAGGUGCGUUGAAAGACAUGUCAAAAGGAGGAUCCCUGCCCUUCUUCGGGGGAAAGGAUUUUGGUUUCCUGGAUAUCGCCUUAACUCCCUAUGUGUCCUGGUUCCAUACAUUCGAAACUACUGGGAAUUUCAAGAUACCGUUUGAAACUGAAUACCCAUUGCUUGAUGCGUGGAUUAAGAGAUGUAUGGAGAGGGAGAGCGUCAAGAAAAUUCUUCCCUCCUCUGAUCGGGUUCUACAGACGGGCUUGGAAAUCAGGAAGCGAUUUGUAGUAGAUUAAAUUGAAGGUAUUUGUUAAGUUGUUUAAGUAGCUAGCUUGUGUAAAAGCGUUAAGGUAUACAAGCUGCUCAGAAUAUUUUCUAUCGCAUCCCUGAGUUUACUGUUCAACUGUUCAGAUUAUAUUAGCGUGCUUGAAGGAUUUGGCU